AUGGCAGCGUCAAACUACCUCUGGAUCGCUUCAUUCGCCAUCGCGGUGGCCACAAGUCACGUCGGAGUAUUCGGUCGCGCGGUGGACACUAUUGGAUCUCUGUCACGGCCGUCCACGUUCGCGGACGAGUCCUCCGGAGCCGCUUUACGCGCGGACGCGCACCGGGAGCGCUGCGCAGAGCUGGUGGCCCCGUGGCAGGAAAACACGCAGCCGGACCCCCGGGAGGAUACCACCCUGCUCAAAGUCCACGUGCGGCCCUUUUCUCCGGGGCCCUCGCGCGGUUUGGUCUUCCCCGGAAGGUCCCUUUUCAGCUUUGUGAGACGGGUGUAUCGGUGCUGUCAAGAGGGACUCAGCUGCAGGAGCGUUAAAGGGAUUCAAGGGCGGUUGAGAGGAGAUGCAGAUGUGGAAUUUGUCUUCACGAGGGAGAUUUUAUCGCUGGCCGUGAUGAGGGCCGAGCUGCACCUGAAGCUUUCUAAUCCACAGCAUGUGGACGUCCGGCCCACCAUUCCGUUCAUGGCAAAGCACAACCUCCCCACCAGGUACAGUCUGGGCUUCCUGGGGGACUCGCUGGAGCUGAGGGUGGACUUGCUGUUCCUCCUCCAGACUCUGCACGAGGGGGCCGGCGCCGGACGGCCCCCCCCCGGACCGGUCAACAUGCGGCUGCCGCUGCUCUUCCCCAGCGAGGCCCUCCGGGGUGAAAAGGCCUCUCCGGGGGAGGCGUGGGGGGAGGGGCUGACCGGCCCGCUGGACGUAGGGCUGCUCCUGGGCUGCCGGCGGGACGGGGCGGCCGUGCCCUGCCAGGCCGCCGGCCUUCGCCUCUCACACACACCCUUCAUGGCUCUAUACUACAGAAGAAGUUAA